UCGUUCUCUAGGUCUUCUCCGUAGGCGAUCGUUUGGAGAUUGGAUCGAGAUCAUGUCGUACGACGACGUGGAGAUCGAGGACAUGGAGUGGAGCGAGGAGCUGCAGGCCUUCACCUACCCAUGCCCCUGCGGCGACCUCUUCCAGAUCACCAAGGAGGAACUCCGCCUCGGAGAGGAGAUCGCCCGCUGCCCUAGCUGCUCCCUGUUCAUUACUGUCGUCUACAACCCCGAGGACUUCGCCGCUGACCCCACCCCCGACCCCAACAGCAGGAAAAAGACCCCCGCCCAGCCCUCCCCUGUCGCCGUUGCUUGAGCUGGAACAGCAGGAAUCACGAGAUGUCACUGGCAAUAGAACACAGACAUGGAAUUAUGGAUGCAACCUGACGGUAUAAAUUUAAAGUUGAGAUGUCACUGGUAAUAGAACACAGACAUGGAAUUAUGGAUACAACCUGACAGUAUAAAUUUAAAGUUUCCGAAGCUUAAGUCAUCAGAGUCCAAAGAUUUUCUCUCUGUCCUUUUUGUAUUUGGUGUAUUAGUUCUAAGUUGAGUUUCUAUACAGAGGAAAAGAGUUUGAACAUUAACUAAGGCCAAUAUAUGAGAAAUUUGUUAACACCGAAAACCAUUGUGCUUUUCCUUGUAAUUUCUUUUUAAACUUGUGCCACUCAUGACAGGAAGAUGACUUGAUAUCCAUUUUUGGGCUUUGGCCUCUUUAUUAUUA